GCGAAUUUGUGGUUGGUGGUGUUCAACAUCAGUGUUAGAGGCUGUGUGUCGCACAAAUCGGUAACCGAGUGUUUUUUGGCAAAAAAUCACAGAAAAUUAGAACCAAAACAGUUCUAUCGUGGGUUGUGUGCUGCUGCGGAGAAGACGGAAUUCGGUUCCACGUUUUGGAAACUUCAGUGCUAACUAGAUCCGGUGGUGUUCAGUGAAUUCCGGUUCACGUCCGAUUUUAAAAUUUUCUCGAAAAGCCUAGAAUUUUUACUCAAAUUUGUACUCAUCCCUCUAGUCGCCAUGUUCGCGCUUUGGUACUUUUCGCUCGCUCUGGACGAAGUCAGAAGACGUUUUGGUUUCAUAGAUCGAAUUAUUACGUUUUUCACUGGCAAGCCAUUAACGUAUCAACCACCGGCACUUGAAUCACCAACGCCCAACGAAACUGAACCGACCGAAUCAAAUGUUUCUCCUAUCCCUGACCCGAUACCUUACGCGGACCAGCCUGCUUCCCCCAAAGUUAGCCCUGCAUCACCACCAAAACCUGCAGAAAAACCUACCCUCAAACCUGCUCCGGCACCACCGGCUGCCAAACCCGCAGGACCCCCGAAAACUGCUGCCCCUGAACCCCAGCCAAAAGUCGACCUUCCUCCAACUCCCGAGCCAAAACCAGAACCAAAGAAACAACCCAAGCCAGUUCCGACUCCUAAGGUAGAACCAACCCCAGCUCCCAAACCCUCCAAGCCUCUGGAACCGGUCAGCAAUGGUCACUCUAAAGCGCCCGAACCAGCCAAAGUGGCUGCGGCGCCCGCUGAACUGGUGAAACUGACUGACGACAGCGCGAACUCACAUCCUUCCGCAGCAGCGUCCAUCGCUGUCGAACUGCCCGGCAGCAACGAGGACAGCUUCAUCAUUGUCGAAAAGCAAAAACCAAAACCAGCCGACAACAUCCCGACGACGCCUACCGCCACCAUCAACAAGGCGGCGGUUAACGUGAAAAAUUCGACCCUCGAUUUUCUGAAAGCCGAAGGUGGUGGUCGCGGAGCUUCCGCCGUCGCCGGUCCGGCUACGCCAAGAAACAAAUCAGACACCAUGGUUGACGCUGCCGUUAUGGAAAAGAUGGAAGCUGGCUUCGCCAAGCUGGCCGCCUCGGACUCCAAGUCCCUGCUGAAGAAGUAUCUGACCAAGGAAGUCUUCGAUGCCCUGAAGAACAAGAAGACCUCCUUCGGAUCGACUCUACUGGACUGCGUCCAAUCUGGUUUCGAGAACCCCGACUCUGGCGUUGGUAUCUACGCUCCCGAUGCCGAGGCCUACUCCCUGUUCUCGGAUUUGUUCGACCCCAUCAUCGAGGACUACCACAAGGGCUUCAAGAAGACCGACAAGCACCCGGCCCGUGACUUCGGCGAUGUCGACACCUUCGGCAACGUUGACCCCACCGGCGAGUUCGUCGUGUCGACCCGUGUCCGUUGCGGUCGCUCGAUGGAGGGCUACCCCUUCAACCCGUGCCUGACCGAGGCCCAGUACAAGGAGAUGGAAGACAAGGUCUCGUCGACCCUGUCCGGACUGGAGGGUGAGCUGAAGGGCAAGUUCUACCCGCUGACCGGUAUGGACAAGGCCGUCCAGCAGCAGCUGAUCGACGAUCACUUCCUGUUCAAGGAGGGCGAUCGCUUCCUGCAGGCCGCCAACGCUUGCCGUUUCUGGCCAACUGGACGUGGUAUCUACCACAACGACAACAAGACCUUCCUGGUCUGGUGCAAUGAGGAAGAUCACCUCCGCAUCAUCUCCAUGCAGAUGGGUGGCGAUCUGGGACAGGUCUACCGUCGUCUGGUCACCGCCGUCAACGACAUCGAGAAGCGCAUCCCCUUCUCGCACCACGACCGUCUCGGUUUCCUGACCUUCUGCCCAACCAACCUGGGAACCACCAUCCGCGCCUCGGUCCACAUCAAGGUCCCGAAAUUGGCCAAGGACUACGCCAAGCUGGAAUCCAUCGCCGACAAGUACAACCUGCAGGUCCGUGGAACCCGCGGCGAACACUCCGAAGCCGAGGGCGGUAUCUAUGACAUCUCCAACAAGCGCCGCAUGGGCCUGACCGAAUACCAGGCCGUCAAGGAGAUGUACGAUGGCAUUUCUGAACUCAUCAAGAUUGAAAAGUCGCUGUAAAUCAAAACUCCCCCUACUAAUCCUACUACACUAACACAAGCAAAAAGUAAAACACGUUAAAAUAAAAGCCAAAAAAAGUAAUAAAACAAA